GCUCUGCUUUACGCUGGGGGUCCUGUAGGCUAGUUUGGGGUUAGCAGCUUAGUGCGCAGUCGGCUGCUGUCAGAUCUGAUGUUGGUUUUUGGUUUUUGUUAAGAAUGAGCUCUUCAUAUGUCAGGGAUGACCUGACUCUAUCAGGCAGCUCCGAGCUCUUCCUCCAUCACCCCAGCUCUGUUGGAUAAACCUGUCCGUGGACGUCACCUGCUCAGGGCUGCACUGCACCGGACAGUCUCUGUCCCAACUCAACACGGACAAUGUAUUGUCUACAGUGGCUGCUCCCUGUGCUGCUCAUCCCCAAGCCGCUGAACCCAGCUCUGUGGUUCAAUCACUCCAUGUUUAUGGGCUUCUACUUGCUCAGCUUCCUGCUGGAAAGGAAACCCUGCACCAUCUGUGCCUUGGUCUUCCUGGCUGCCCUUUUCCUCAUCUGCUACAGCUGCUGGGGCAACUGCUUCCUGUACCACUGCCAGGAUGCUGCACUGCCAGACGCUGCCCUCAAUCCAGCUAUUGUGGGGACUUAGAAGAGGAAGAGAACAAUGUACAGGGGUGCAGAGGUGCGGAGGGUAACAAGACAUUGAAAAGGGUUUCCUGUAGAAUACUGCCACACAGUAAAGAGGUGAAAACUCGUGCUGAGGUUGUGUGCAAAGGAAGAGAACUCCGCCCACAAAUGUGCUGAGGUAAAGGAGUGAAAGGUGUGGGCCCUGGAGGGGAAAAGGAAUAAACAGCAUCUCAAAAUGCAAAGGGAAGCAAACAUUUUCACCCCAGCAUCUGAAUAAAAAAGCAGAUCUGUCGAAGUUUCCUCCCUGAAGAAUGUUCUGCCCCGAACCUGCAGAACCACGCUGGAGCAAGAAGUCCCUCUGCACAACCAGAACACGGGACAAUCAGCCACAUUCUGCGCAGAAGUUGUUCCUAAAAAUCGGGGUUUUUUUCCCAGCAGCAGCAGCGGCGGCUUCCUCCUCUCCUAUGUUGUAGAAGGAUUUAUUUUUUAUGGGGGUUUUUGUGUGGUUUGAGUUUUUUUUCCCUUCCAGACGUCAAGUUCAGGUUGAUUUUUAACGAAUUUCAACAAAAUGCUGAAAUAAUCUAAAUUCUUUUGUGUUUACUGCUGAUCCAUCUCUGUUCCAGUGCUGUAAAACGUUCAGUUGUAGCUGUCAGAGAUGUUAGUUUGUCCCUAUUGAAAGUGUGUGUGUGUUUCCUGUGCUGAACACACUCACUGCUUUGAUUUUAAUUUAAAUAAAGCUUUCCUCUCUGUG